UCACUCCCCUUGCUGCCACCAAAGAAUAGGCCGAUCGCAAUUUUACGCUCUUUUCCUUGUGUCCAGCAAAUCCUUUCUCGGUUCCUGCUCGGGGUGUAACGAUAACUAUUCGCGGGCGGAAGGAGCGCAUCGAACUGCGGAACCAACGAUGGCGAAAAAAGCGUUCCAGCACCAGGCGGGCACGGCCAUGGAAUGUUUGAGCAUUCCCAUCACGUUGCACAAAGAGAAAGACAUCGACGAAGAGGGCCGUGAGGUGUUGAAGUGUGGCUUCAAGAUCGGCGGUGGCAUCGAUCAGGACUUUCGGAAAAGUCCCCAAGGAUACACGGACUAUGGUAUCUACGUGACGGAAGUCCACGAAGGGAGCCCCGCGUCGACGGCGGGCUUGCGGAUGCACGAUAAGAUACUGCAGUGCAACGGUUACGAUUUCACGAUGGUUACGCACAAGAAAGCCGUAAGCUACAUUCGGAAAAACCCGAUCCUAAAUCUACUGGUCGCACGGAAAGGUGUCACAUCGACCUAAUCCGCCCGGCGCAACAAGUAAGGGCUGAAAACGGAAACAUUCCCAAACCGGAACACCUCCUCCGGCACGAUAACACACCUUCCAGGCCCUUGGUAUGGCAGGAUGGGAAGGAGGAUGGGGUUAUCUUUUUAUUGCAUUUUUUCUAUUGAUUAUUUGUAAGCACAUUGUUCUUAGGAUAGGAAAAAGCGUCAUCGUUAGCCUAGUUAGCCAAGUGGCCACCGUAUUCCUACUCUCCCUGGCCGAGUAGGGCCGGCUCACUGAUAGUGGAUGUGUUGUAUGUUGGCUUGACUUUUGGAAAGUUUUUUUUCUGUGAGAUUUUAGAGCACCUUUUUCCGCGAACCGCACGGAAGCGGUCAACAAUGGUAUAAGAAAACAAAAAACUCAUCCGAACCAUGCGUAAGAUCAUGACAAGACGAGGCAAAAGCAGCAGCCAGACUCAAGAACGGAGCGACAGCAACAUGAAUCUUGUCCGUUGAUUUGCGUUGUCCGACGUUUGGGUGGUUAUCAUCUUUGUAUUUAGCUAUUAAACAUGUAUGCCAAAGUAAGAUUUGAUUUAUGUAAAUGGUAAAAGAAAUGUGCAGUUUCAUUUUUGCCUUUUACAAACAUGCAAGUGAAAGAACAGAGCAAUUUAAGUGAAGCUCCACAACUUUUGAUUGAUGUCUGAUAUCUCAUCGGUUUAUUAAUCGAAUUUAAUUCAUGGAAUAGCCUUCAGGAUACAAUAAUAGUGGUUCUUCUUUGUU